AUGCCACGUCCAAUGGGAUUCAGCUUGGAAGACGAAGGAGCUAAGAAAAAAUGGGAUGCCUGGAAACGUGAAGAAGGGUUAUCCAAGACCGAGGCUAAGAGGCGCUAUAUAUCAUAUCUUAUUGAUACCAUGAAGGUGUAUGCCAGUGGUACAUUGGAAGCAAGAGAGUUGUUGAGUGAAUUGGAGUAUUUAUGGGACCAGAUUAAAGAUUUACAAUACACUCCAGAAGAAGAAUAUGAUCACCCACAAAUACCUCUACCAUCCCACUCGCCACUGUUUUCGCAAGCUCAGUCCGAUAGAUAUUCGACUGCGACCCCGUUGCCAUUACCAAGCAACUAUUCAGCGUCAGUGUCAAACCUACAAUAUAGAAAUAACCUUCAGAAAAUAUAUUCCCACUCAAGGAAGAAUACUAUGUUAUCCAUCAAUGACUACGUCCUGCAACAGAGGCAACAACAGCAAGCACAAAAGCAAACUGGGACAAACCCUAAUAAUGUUGCUGCUUCGGUAUAUUCGUUGCCAGCGGCUGAAAAUCAGAAAAUGGAUCCUAAGUCUAUUCAUUCGUUGCCUGCAAAUAGUCAAGCUGUAAGCUUGGAGGAUUUUAAAACAUGGCAAGGAGAGAUUAAUUUGGUAAUCAAUAAGCUAUCAAGAGAAUAUUUGCACAAAAAGCCGUCAGCCUCACACAGGGGAUUGGCUAAAUAUCAGGACCAUAGUGAAUCCGAAAGCGAUUUGGAUAUUGAUGCAAAAGCAAGAUUGAAACGCCGGCUCGUUCAAAUACUAAAGUUAGUAUCUAAAAAUGCUUUGAAGUUUGCAAAAAAUUUCUCUAUCAGCUUGCUCGCUUUGUUGUUGAUUGUGUGGUGUAUUAAGAAGAAUGUAAUAGUGAAGCAGACGAUUGUCAAACAACCAAUAAAUAAUCUGAAACAUCCAAAGAAAGAAUUGGUUAUAAAUAUGAUAUUGAAUACGGAUGAAAAUAAAUGGUUCAUCCGCUUAUUAAACAUUAUAAAUAGCUUCGUCGGGUUUGUAUAA